GGGCCAGUUCUGUGGCGCCCGCAAUCACAUCCUCAUCGAGCAGUCCCGUACCCCUCCUCCCGGCCUUCAGGCCGCUCGCUCGGCUGCGGGGGACCCCAGCGAAUCACAUCCGAGAAGGGGGCGCGCGGGGCGGAGCCUUCCGCCCACUGUCCUCCCGCCGACAGCCGCCCCUCUUGCCCAGCCCGCAGUCGCCCGCGCUCCCCGAGCCCCUCCAGGCCAGAGGCUCUCAGUGGCGAUGGCGGACGAGAGGGCAGGGACCCCGGAAGCCGCGGCGCGCCCGCCGCCCGGCCCUGAGCAGGAGGGGGACGCGCGCAUGGCCCCUGCGGCCUGGGCCCGAGAAGCUAUGGGGCGCGGGUCCCUCCACCCCGCAGCGGGCCUCGGGACUGCCCUCCCUUCCCCCAGGCGCGGGGAAGCGACCUCCGCGGCGACUGCCCUGAGCCUGGAAAACGGUCGGGUCCUGGACGAAGCCCCAGAAACCUGCGGUUCAGAAGGCCCGGGGGCUCGGGCGGGAGCCGGCGAGAAGGCCGAGGACGCGACCACGGAGGAGGGCGCCAUCUUCAAGGAGGAGGCCGCAGAGAAGGUGGAGAAGCAGCAGGUGGGGGAGAAGCUGGUGGGGGAGGAGAAGCAGGAGGUGGGAGCGGAGGCCCAGGAGGGCCCGGGACCACUGAACUUUGGUGUCCUAAUUGUGGACCCUCUGGAGGCCAUCCAGUGGGAGGCGGAGGCCAUGAGCGCCCAGGCCGACAGGGCCUACCUCCAGCUUGAGCGCAGGUUUGGGCGGAUGCACAGGUUGCACCUCGCCCGUAGGAGCUUCAUCAUCCAGAAUAUUCCUGGCUUCUGGGUCACUGCCUUUCUGAACCACCCGCAGCUGUCAGCCAUGAUCAGCCCUCGAGAUGAAGACAUGCUCUGCUACCUGAUGAAUUUGGAGGUGAGGGAGCUCAGGCACUCCAGGACAGGUUGCAAAUUCAAGUUCCGCUUUUGGAGCAACCCCUACUUCCAGAACAAGGUGAUAGUAAAGGAGUAUGAAUGCAGACCCUCAGGCCGAGUGGUGUCUAUUGCGACUCGCAUCCGGUGGCACCGGGGCCAGGAACCCCCGGCCCUCGUACACAGGAACCGGGACACUGUCCGAAGCUUCUUCAGUUGGUUUUCACAGCACAGCCUCCCAGAGGCCGACAGCGUUGCCCAGAUUAUUAAAGAUGACCUGUGGGCCAACCCCCUGCAGUACUACCUGCUGGGGGAUAGGCCCUACAGAGCCAGGGGAGGCCUCGCAAGGUGGCCUACGGAGGCCCCUUCUAGGCCUUACGGGUUCCAGUCCGGCUAGGUGCUGCCCUGGGAUGUGGGGCCUACAUAAAGCUCCCUCUGGCCUCCUGUGGGUGGUGGAUUUGGGCUCAGGCCAGUGGGGGGUGCUCUGCUGUCUUUCUGUUCUGUGCACUCCGGCUCUCCAUGUUUGGUCGACUCAGAUCUCAGAUUGUGGCCCUUGUGGCCAGUCUCUGCUGUUUCCAUAUAGCCUCAUGCUGUUCUGUGUUAACAUCACAUGGCUGUCACAUGCGGCUGCAUCUACCCAGUGCUGUGGAUGUGCACUGCCAUCAUCUUUAUGGUAUGGACCAGUUACUGUGGCCAUCACAGCCAUUUUUGACAAGGGCACCGGCAAGUCACUACUUGGAGGACAGUGCCUCUUUGAGGCCUAUGCUUCAAGCCCCCAGCCUGCCGGCCUUCGCAUGAGCGCUGGUUGUGCUUACAGUAGCUCUGCACCCUGGUUGUGACAAGCUGAGUCUCAUCACCCAAGAUGAAGUGGGUGCAUUUGAUGCCGGGUGCCACCCAGACUUGGACAUUCCAUGGCCUCAAGAGCACAGGCCAGGCUACCACCAAGUGGACUCUUGGGCAUCUGGCAGGAUGAGCACACAGCUGGCUGCUGGGCAUGGGUGAGGUCAAGGGCAUGAAGCAGUGGACAGCACAUUCUUUGUGAUCAUACUGCUCCUCCUGCCCCACGGUGGUUGACAUCACAGCCUGCUACGGCUUGUGAGGGUCUGUUCUGUGCUCCACCAGUGCCUGGCCAUCACCUUUCCCGUGAAUUUUGCCCAGGCCACCAUCAGCCCUGUUGCCUGCUCCCAGGUCUACAGGAGCCUCCAUAACUGCCUGUGGACCUAGUUGGGCCACCUGCCAAUGCACAGGAGAGCCCCUGAUCCCCAGGAACUCUGCCAAACUGGCCUAUCUAGGCAUGUGAAUGAGGCAGGGGCAAGGAUGGGAACCCCUCCUCAGCCCCAGUUACUGGACCCCAUGGAAUCCAGGUACUCUGGCAGCCCCCCCGCCUCUACCUGUUAGGCUGCCAGGCUGUGGGCACUGGGGAGGGGGUCUUCCUGGUCAUGGGGCCUGUCUACCCAUACCCAGAUCUCACACCAUUUUUUCUUUAAAUGAUGGCUUUGAAACAACAACAACUGAAGAAAGAUUUUUUCUUAAACUCAACAAGAAAGACUUUGGGCCGGGUGCAGUGGCUCACACCUGUAGUAACCCCAGCACUUUGAGAGGCUGAGGUGGGCGGAUCACCUGAGGUUGGGAGUUUGAGACCAGCCUGACCAACAUGGAGAAACCCCAUCUCUCCUAUGCAUCUCUCUGUGUUUCAGCCCAUUGGGGCGUUGUGCUAUAAAGCCCUGCUUGUUGCUUUUAGUUGAGAACUUUUGCAAGAUUGUCAAUGCACAUUUUUAUGCCACUUGGAAACUUAUGUGACUAAUCACAGUUGUUAUCAAUUUGUGGGGUCCUUUAGUAAAAAAUACAAAAUUAGCCAGAUGUGGUGGUGAAUGCCUGUAAUCCCAGCUACUCAGGAGGAGGCUCAGACAGGAGAAUUGCUUGAACCCGGGAGGUGGAGGUUGUGAUGAGCCGAGAUGGCGCCGUUGCACUCUGGCCUGGGUAACAAAAGCAAUACUCCAUCUCAAAACAAAAAAAGACUUUAGUGUUGUUUGCCUCUCUUGGUCUCCAGAGAGGGAGGGCUUGCGCUGUAGACUGCCAGCAUUCCCUCCCCCAUGCCUUACCCUCUUUAGCAAGGCCUAGAAUCUUCCAAAGGGGACAGUGCAAGGCUGCUGAACAGAGAGACCAGGAAGUCCCAAGGGCAGGGAUAGCUAAUAUUCCAUUUUAUUCUGUGUUCUUUUAGACUAACCCCAACUGUUUCUUCUUCCUCCACCAAGUCCAAACCCCUCUAGGUACAAGAGCUGAGCUGCCCACCCCCUCCUUCCCUGCUUGCAGACCUAUCUCCAUUUCGUUUUAGGGGAAGGGGUGGUGGUGACCAUACCCAGGACUCUUCCUUGGAAGGCAUUAUCUUCUGUCCGCCAGGAUCUGGGGAGGCCUUAUCACAAAAUAAUGUGGAGGGUGCUUUUGGCAGGGAAGUGCAACAGGGGCCAGAGCCGGCUGAAGAGGCAGGAUGGCUGAGGGAUGGCAAAAGGAGGAGAGCCCUUGAUUUUGGUUAAUAAAUAGAAACAGGGUCUCACUGUGUUGCCCAGGCUGGUCUUGAACUCUGUUCAACGAUCUGCUCAUCUUGGCCUCCCACAGUUCUAAAAUUACAGUCGUGAACCACUGUGCCUGCCUGAUUUUUUUUUCUUCAAGACAGGAUCUCAUUCUGUUGCCCAGGCUGGAGUGCAGUGAUGCAGUCAUAGCCUCGAACUCCUGGGCUCAAGCAAUUCUCCCAUUUCAGCCUCCCAAAUAGCUGGGAUUAUAGGUGUGUGCCACCAUGACCAGCUGUUUUUUAAACAUUUUUGUAGAGAUGGAGAUCUCGCUGUGUUGCCCAGGCUGCUCUUAACUCCUGGGCUCAAGGGAUCCUCCCACCUUGGCCUCCUAAAGAGCUGGGAUUACAAGCUGCCGUGCCCAGCCCUUGCUAACACUUUGGUUCACCAAUACGUUUUGUAGACUAGAGGAAUUACAGAACACUGCAACUUUAGAGGUUUUCUCUCUUGGUCUAACCUUGUGUAUGUAGAAAGUUCAUGUUGUAUGCUGUUAUUGAGUAAGACCCUAUGCAUCUCUCUGUGUUUCAGCCCAUUGGGGCAUUAUGCUGUAAAGCCCUGCUUGUUGCUUUUAGUUGAGAACUUUUGCAAGAUUGUCAAUGCACAUUUUUAUGCCACUUGGAAACUUAUGCGACUAAUCACAAUUGUUAUCAAGUUGUGGGGGCCUUUAGUGUAACCUUGUACUUAGAAGCGGAGUUUGUUUUGUCGGACUUAAGACUGGAAGUUGUGACCGGGUUCUGUAAGGUUAACUUCCAGAAAGAAAUCUGUGGCCGUGAUCGUCCUGAUGAUUUUGUGCCAGGUUGUAAUUGACAUCAUGGUAACUGACAUUGCUUCUUUUACGCAGAGAAAUAUUCCUGAGGUGGCUUUGUACAGUCACAAGGGGAUCUGUGGCAUUUUUGUCUCCUAUAUGCAUGAUAAAAAAUAAAAACUUUUCUGUCUGGGGAAAAAAUAA